AUGAGAAAUCUUGGAUUCACCACGCCAUUCGAGGAAAAUAUUAUGAAAGCAUUCACCCCUCGAAAGGUUAAGGUUCCCCCUAUCGACCAUUAUGACGGGACAACCGAUCCCAUCGAUCACUUAGCCGCCUUCAAAGUACAAAUGAGCGUCCAGACCAGCAGCGAGGCCGCAUGGUGCAAGUUCUUCCCCACCACUCUGAAGGGCCUGGCCCUAACCUGGUUCACCGAGCUGCCUUACGGGAGCAUAUCGAGCUUCAAUGCCCUCGAAACAGCAUUCAAACAGAUGUUCAUUGCAGGAAGAAGGCAUCGGAAAACCAGUAUCCAUCUCAUGUCGAUCAAACAGCGGAGGGAGGAAGACUUGGCAGAUUACAUCAAGAGGUUCAAUGUAGAGUCUCUCAAGGUUUCUGACCUACAGGAUACCGUGGCGUUUACCGCUCUCAUGUCUGGACUAUACCCAUCGAGCAGGUUCAAGUUAAAGUUGGCCGAGAGUGAAGCCUCUUCGUUCUCAGAAGCCAUGAACCUGGCCCAAAAAUUUAUACAAGCCUCCGAUAUCUGCAAAACCCAUGAAGAGCCCAGUUCCAGAAAAAGAAAGCACGAAUAUACCCCACGAGCAGACAAUCCUAAGGAUGUCUCUCGAAAAGAGAAAGACAAGAAGCCCCGACUAGAAAAUCAUUGGAACGACCCCCGGUACAACCUCAAUCAAAGAGAAAUCUACCUAGACAUCAAAGGAAAAUACCCCUUGCCAAAACCCCACCCCAUCCGAACAUCAGUCAAUAAGCGAGACAAAAAACUCUGGUGUGAAUUCCACCACGAUUGUGGCCAUACCACACGCGAAUGUCAAGAGCUCAAAAGAGAUCUGUACAAGUUGGCCGACGAAGGAAAGCUGAAUCGAUAUCUGACGGAUCCGAAGGAAAACAAAGUCGAGCCCCAUUCGGAAAAGCAGGCUCGAAGCGAUGAAACCGUAGGGUAUGUCAACGUCAUCGCAGGAGGGUUCGCCUCGGGGGGCUUAACCAGCCGCUCUCGCAAAAAACACCUCUACACCUUGAAACAUGGAAGCGAUACAAACUCCUCUGCCAUAUGCCCAACCAUGACUUUCAAGAACAGUCACCGGCCUAUACAAACCCCACAUGACGACCUUCUAGUUGUCGAGAUGAAGAUUGCCAAUCUUCGUGUAGGCCGAGUUUUGAUUGACAGUGGAAACUCUGCGAAUAUAAUCACCAUGUACUGUUUAAGAAAGCUGAAGUAUGAAGAAAAAGAUCUCACUCCCAUCGACCAGCCGCUCGUAUGGUUUGGGGGGUAG